AUGGAACGUGGGGAAGUGAAGAAGAAUAUGGGUAAGGAAUCCAAUUCAUGGCUUAAGCGCUUGAAGCAGUCGUGCUUGGAUCCCAUUCCCAAACUUACUCCGGGUGACGAUGAUGAUGGAAAUCGAUUGGAGGUGAUUCCAUCUACUGAAUUCGCUCCUAGGGUGCUUACGAAGAUCAAUGAUAAGAGCCCUGUGGUUGAAGAUACUGAUGGUAGUUCCACUAAGCCAGAGAACCAAGGUGGUAGUAAGAGGAAGAGACAAGAGUCCAGGGAGUUUCAACAUGAAGACAUGGAGAUUGUGGACAUGGGAGAAGAACUUCCAGAGGGAUUUUGGAGCAAAGCGCCUUUUAAUGAGGUUCAUGCUGAGUUUAAGACAGGUAUGGGUAUGGUUCGUACGGCAAGGAAGUACUCUUUUGUUGAGGAAUUGUUGGAACAGAUAUCUUCUCCGGUUGUUAGUGAUGGCCACAAGUACUUCAUGGAUGUUGCAGAAGAUGAUGAAAGUGACCAUAUUAUUCUGGAAAUGGAGGAGCAUCGUGGGGCUGGCUCGGUCUUUGAGUACUUUCGUUGUUCUCGAAGUAAUUCAAGGAUGGAUACUGCGAAGAUUGAUUCACAGGAAGAAACUAUGGUGCAUAGGAUGGACUGGAAGAAGUUUUGUUCUGAAACGGUGGUGAAUGAUAAGUUUGUGAUCGAUGCUGAGGUUGAUCAGAUCUCUCACUCCAAAUGGUCCAAGACGCCUCUCUUAGUGUAA